ACACCGUACACAAUGCCUGAAGAAAAGCCAGCUGAAUUGAGACUCUGGGGUGGCCGUUUCACCGGUGCCUCCGACCCGUUGAUGGACUUGUACAACGCCUCCUUGCCAUACGAUCAGAAGAUGUACGAGGCCGAUUUAGAGGGGACCAAGGUCUACACUGAGGGCUUGGAGAAGUUGAAGUUGCUCACCAAGGACGAGUUGUCUGAGAUCCAUCGUGGGUUGGAGAUCAUCAAGGGGGAAUGGGCCUCCAACAGCUUUGUCGAGAAGGCAGGCGACGAGGAUAUCCACACCGCCAACGAAAGAAGAUUGGGCGAAAUCAUCGGUCGCAACAUUUCCGGGAAGGUCCACACCGGGAGAUCCAGAAACGACCAGGUUGCCACCGACAUGAGAAUCUAUGUUAGAGAAAACUUGAAGAAGAUGUCAGAGAUCUUGAAGUCUUUUAUCGAAACCAUUAUCAAUAGGGCCGAACAGGAGAUUGAUGUCUUGAUGCCUGGGUACACCCACUUGCAGAGAGCUCAGCCUAUCAGGUGGUCCCACUGGUUGUCCAUGUACGCCACCUACUUCACCGAGGAUUACGACAGAUUGCAACAGAUCAUUGAGAGAACCAACAAGUCUCCUUUAGGAGCUGGUGCAUUAGCCGGACACCCAUAUGGGAUUGACCGUGAAUACUUGGCCCAGGGGUUAGGUUUCAAUUCCGUCAUCGGCAACUCCUUGGUCGCUGUUUCCGACAGAGACUUUGUCGUCGAAACCUUGUUCUGGUCUACUUUGUUCAUGAACCAUAUCUCCCGUCUUUCUGAAGAUAUGAUUAUCUACUCUACUGGUGAAUUUGGUUUCCUCAAGCUAGCCGACGCCUACUCCACCGGUUCCUCCUUAAUGCCACAGAAGAAGAACCCAGACUCGUUGGAGUUGUUGAGAGGCAAGUCCGGAAGAGUUUUCGGCUCCCUUUCUGGGUUCUUGAUGUCCAUCAAGUCCAUUCCAUCCACCUACAACAAGGACAUGCAAGAGGACAAGGAACCGCUCUUUGAUGCUUUGACUACCGUCGAACAUUCCAUCUUGAUUGCCACCGGUGUCGUUUCGACCUUGUCUAUCAAUGCUGACAAAAUGGAGGAGGCAUUGACCAUGGACAUGUUGGCCACCGACUUGGCUGAUUAUUUGGUCAGAAAGGGAGUUCCGUUCAGAGAGACUCACCACAUUUCCGGUGAGUGUGUGAGAAAGGCCGAAGAAUUGGCCUUGUCCGGGAUUGACAAGUUGUCCUUAGAACAGUUCCAGGCCAUCGAUGAGAGAUUCAAUGCCGACGUCACUGACGUGUUCGAUUUUGAGGUGUCUGUUGAGAGAAGAGAUGCUACCGGUGGCACUGCUAAGAGCGCUGUGUUGAAGCAAUUGGCUACCUUGAGGACGGCCUUGAACUAAGCGGGCCUGAAUUGUAUAUUAGUGUCCAAUAGAUGUGUUACGAUAUAGUGGAACAGCUGGUAUUAACGCCUUAUAAUUGGUUAUACGCGGAAUGACUUUUGGCGAUGAAAGCCAACUGACGGUAGGAGGAGGGUGGGGAAUGACUAAACGAACCUUGGAAAGUAAAGUGACCAGGCAUUAACCAUCUGAUGCAUUGCGUAUCGACACUCGACGCCCUGCACUAUCCAAUCUAAGGUAAAAAAAAGCUGGGCCUGUAAUUAUGGAAUAAAUAUAUUUAUAUCAAGCAGAAUGACAGUG